GGCUGCAGCUGAGCUGUUCAUGCUGUGUUGACAGGGAGGAAGACAGAUCCAGCUGAAGAAGGAGAAAGAAGGGAGAGAACUGCUGACUCCAUGUCUUCGCCUUCAAAUAAAAGAUCUGGCUCUGGAUCACGCAAGUAUGGCACCUUUUGUCUCUCUUGAAGUCUUUCUAACAGACAUUCUUUCAAACUUGCAGCUGUGUUGGUGCUUUGCUGUAAUAUCUAACCCUUCUAGCUGCUGUUUAACUCUCUUAAUCACAGUAAGAUCUCUGCUGCAGUUUAAUGACCUUUUGAGCUUCAAGUGCUUCAGUAAUCCUUUCUCUCUGUCUCUUCCGUUGCCGUCAUUAAUACAUCAGCUGUUUAGCUCUUUCAAUUUCUCUCUCUGCUGUCAAGACCUUUUUUCACCCAACAACUGCCAGAUUGUAUACAAACUUCCCGAGGGGCCAGUUUAAAAGAUUUAUAAGCACAUCAAUGUACUUGGAUAUAUUAUACACAUACACACAAAUAUACACUAUCGUUCAAAAGUCUCUUAUGCAUGGCUGCAUUUAUUUAAUCAAAACACUGUAAUGCUGUGAACAAAUGAUGGCAAAACUGAAUUUUCAGCAUCAUUACUUCAGUCUUUAGUGUCAAGUCCUUCAGAAAUUGCUUAAUAUAUUUUGGAAAUUGUGAUACAUUUUUAAGGAUUCUUUGAUGAAUAGAACGUUCGAAAGAACAGCAUUUCUAUGAAAUAGACGUUUUUGUAGAAAUGUAAAAGUAUUUAAAGAUCAAUUUAAUGCAUCAUUGGUAAAUAAAUGUAUUAAUUUGUUUAAAAAUCUUAUAAGGAAAGGCAGAAAUGAUUUCAAAACAAUUAACAAAUUGAAUCAAAUUAUAGGAGAAACGUUAUUCAACAUACACAUGGAUAAAGGAAUGUUUUUAAUAAGCAUAUUUAAAAUUAUGACACAAUGAACAUGAUUUCUUGUUCAAAAGUUUUGAAUUCCUUUUAUUGUGUGCAUCUCAGAAAUAUGUUGUCAAGUGUAACUUUAAACUAAGAGACAACAUCAUGAAUAUCUUCCAAUUUAGACCUUUGAGUAAGAUUAGCCCAAACAUGCUGCUGUGGCUCACUAACUCGCAUUCUUUUAUUAGCAUUAUUUUACAUAACGGCUGCAGUAAAAUAUAUGUGAUUGUAUGAAUCACACUUGUACAGUUAUACAGUGAUAUAUAAAUUAAAUAGUUACGUCUAAAAAUUUAGUCUCCACACAUUUCCUGUGUAAGCCAAGUCUUGCGUGCAAUUCUGUCCGAAUACAAAUAAUUUCAUCAUUUUAAAAUAUAUACUAGUAGUGGCAAUGAGUUUCAAUGGUAAUAUUGCAGUAGAGCCCAGCUCUGUGCCUCUGUCUCAUCUCUGUUUCCUCAGAUUCAACCUGCUGAAGGCCCUACAGCCUAAGCACCGCUUGCAACAAAUGCUGUCGUCUCCCACUGCGUCCCCUGUUUUUGACUAUUGCAGGUUUAUAGAGCUAGACUACACACCCAUGGAGUCAGGCAUUAUGGUCUCAAUGAGACAGAGCAGAGGAUUUCUGACACCAAAGUCCCCGGAACACCACUGUCGACGGAGUCCAGCACCUGUCAGUAACCGUGAUCCCUAUGGAAAUGCCUCUCUCAGCAGCAGUAGCAAUUCAGGGUCAUGCAAGGGCAGUGACGGAAGCCCAACCCAUAGGCGUCACAUAAAAUACACCUCCUGCAAUGAUAACCAUGGUAUCCGGCCCCCUCCACCUGAGCAAUACCUUACCCCCCUGCAACAGAAAGAGGUGUGUAUCAGACACCUCAGAGCACGGCUCAAAGAAACCAUCGAAAGACUCCAGGAUAGGGACACUGAGAUUGAUGAGUUGCGUACUCAGCUGUCUCGUAUGCAAGAGGAUUGGAUUGAAGAGGAGUGCCACCGCGUGGAGGCCCAGCUGGCUCUGAAGGAGGCUCGCAGGGAGAUCCAGCAGCUUAAGCAGGUUGUCGAUGUUGUCAGUUCCAGUCUGGGAGACACCGACACUGGAGUGCAAAAGUGCUUCCAAGACAUAAACCUCCAGAACCACAAGCUGGAGUCUUUAUUGCAGAGCAUGGAGCUUGCUCAGAUUGGGACAACCAAAGCAGGAGAAACCCUGGCAGGUGGAGGGGUGGUGGGGGCAGGGCUGGAGGUCAGCGAGGGCCUGGCGGAGUCUUCCGAAGGCUCCCCAGCUCACUCGCUUACCCGCAGCUCUACCUACACCAAGCUUAGUGACCAGACUGGCCAGGAACGUGGCGGUAAUGAAACUGGAUGUGACAUUCCAUGUUUGUCAGGCGAGGGCAUGCAGGACAGUGGGUUUGUUUGCUGUGGAGAAAGUGGAAGAGGAGCAAGCAAGGCAGAUCUGCUCCUGGAGGCUGCGUUUUUGUCUCAAGAGACAGCCUCGCUGCUCAAUGCGUACUCCCGCCUGCCACACUCCUCCACCUAUGAGGCACUGAGCAUGAGCGAGCCUAAAGUUGUGCCACUCCGCUGCAGUGGGAUCGGGACGGGGAACACUGUUAGUGUAAGUCAUCCAUGUCUGUCGCAUCAUCACCUAUACCUGCAUCACCUGCGUGAGCAAGGCAUGCAAACUGACUACGACCAUGCCCCUGCUUCAGCCCCUGCCCACGGUCCCAGUACAUCCUUUAACUCUGAUCUGGACACUAUUGCUGAGCGCACCUUCCGCUCCCAGGCAUGCAGUCCGACCUCUACCUGGAUGUCUGAUGAGGGAGAUGAUCUGGAGUCUGUAGCCACAGAAUCAGCCAUUACGGCAACAAUUGCCACUGCUUCUCUCGUCACAGACUUUUCCACUAGGUCUGCACCAGCUGUUGCAAUGGAGCCUUGGGAACCAACUGCAUCUGUUCCAAAAGAACCUGCGACUUUAGCGUUGGAGUCCUCUGUCAAGGAGACAGCUGUUUCAGAGCUCCUUACAGUCUUACCACUAACCACAACAGCUUUGACCACGGAGACCAUUGGAUCCCAAGUAACCAACUCUGUUCAACCUCAACCUGUAACAGACCCUUUGCCAAACCCUGUCACCUCACCUUGCUCCGUGCAGCCAUUGGUUGAGACUGAAGGAGACCCCCUUCCACAGACCACUCAGCCCUGUAGUGUACUAACAGAGGCUGGGGUUGAAGGGGAUCAUGUCAUAAAUAUAGAUUCAGACGAUGAAGAUGAGGUUGACGAGAGUGCUACGAACACAGAGUCCAAGUCAUCUGGCUGUGGUUUACCAGUAAAAAACUACUGGAGCCAGCACUUCCUAGUGGAUUUGCUUGCGGUGGUCGUACCAGUGGUCCCCACAGUGGCGUGGUUCUGUCGGGGUCCACACCGUGUUGGUCAGCCAAUAUACCAUAUUGGUUCUCUCUUGCGGGGGUGCUGCACCGUGGCCCUCCAUUCUCUGCGUCGAGGAGGAGGCCUUCGGCACUACCCCGCAGGAGGAGGGGGUCCAGGGGGAAUGAGUAUAUGAGACCAGCUCUUCUCUCUGGAGAAGCCUUGAAGCCAGUGAUAUCACUGUUCUUCUGUCAGAUGUGCAAUUAGGGAGUGGUUAACACAUGUAAAAUGAAUUGAGGCAACCAGUGGAAGGAUAGUGUCUGAGCACAGCACCUUAAUGCUGUGGUUCUAUAUGGUCUAUAUCCAAGACAAGAUAAGAAUGAGGAAGGGGAAUCACUAGCAUGUAUUUACACCUACAAAUGAGAUGCUCAUGAAGUUCAGGACUUCAAAUGAGCUUUCACCUUUUUCCACAACUACUACCCUGAGUAAAGAGACGAGAUGAUAUGUUCUGAAUGAUGGACUGACACAAUGACAUUAACUCAGCUUUGUGAGUGACACUAAAAGAUCCCCUUUAAUAUGAUUGUAUUACCCUUAUUUAGAGUGAAGAGACGCAAUAAGUGAUGGGAAGAAACUGUCCUUUUGUGCGUCCCUCUUAAUGUCACCGCAGAGGGUGUGUCGUAUGUGUGUGUAUUGAUUUAUCUGAGCGAGUGUUGUGUUGUGUUAAUGUACAGUGCAGCCAAAGUACCUGGAUUACUAAUGGCCAUCAUUGUUGUAGUCGUGAGUUCAGUGGUUAGCUGUUCCAUUAUUUAUGCUUGUGUGGCAUAAGAGCAGAACAGUCAUCUUUUCCCCUUAAGGAGCCAGGCAAGCGCCUGCUGAGCUAUUUAUAUGCUUUGCAUAUACCACUAGUGUCCUAGUGCUAUAAAUGCUGUCACAAAAUGAUACUUAGUUCAUCUGAAGUCUUUUAGAUAAUGUGUUCUUUAUUCUAGGCUCAAUUAUGUGGGAAAGUUUGAUGGUUCAGAAAUGCUCUGUAUAGUUGAAUGCUAAAUUGUGUAUUUAGGAAAAGGGUAAUGCAUUUUAAUUAAUAAUAUGAACAGUAAGAAAGAUUCAGCGUUUGGACAAUGAUCAGGGUUAAAUGACUUUAAAUAGGGUCAUGGGAGCUUGUUCACCAGAAAUGAAUUUUAUGAUUUUGUUUCACUGUGUGCUUUUCACUGUGUGACCAUCAAAAAACUGUCAUAGCCAGAUGUUUUGGGAUAAAAUGCUAAUCUUUAACAAUAGGUCUAAUUUUCACGUUCACGGUUAUAUAAUUACAGCCGGAUGUGGUAUUACACCCUGCUAAAGAAAACUAUUAGUACUAAUGUUGUUAAAUGUUAGCUAAUUAUGUUAUUUCUGAAAUACUAUGUAACAUAAUUCCACUAAAAAAGAUCAAAGAAAGCAAAAACUAUCUAAGCUUUAGAAUUCUCUGCUUUCAGCUUUUUCCAAACAUUUGGCAAUGACUUCAUGUACCCUAUGAUAUUCAUGUUGACCAUUUAUUUGACUGACACUUAGGUGACGGGUGUCGAUUGCACUAUAAUUCACUUUAUAAGCAACUACUUGAAGUAUACUUGAUUGUGAGUUUCUGUCUGUCCAAAGGCCAGUGCAUACAUGUGGAUUUGUGGUUCAGGGUUAGAUUUCACCAACACCACCAUUUCAAAAAAUCAACAUUGAUUCAUAAAUUCACAUGAAUAUUUAUGCUUUGUGUAUAUGUGACAGCUGGAUUGAUUUGCCAGUCAACAGUGUACCAGAUAAUCAGCCAGAUGAUCACUACUGUAGUUAUUUGUGUCUCACAUAUUGUCUUAUCUUCUGUCCCUCAAAAUAGCUGUUGCCUUUCUGUCUACCUCCUUCCUCUGAUAUUGUGUACAGUAUAGUGUGAUAUAGGCUUUAUUUGUUGUCUAUUUGCGAAGUUCUGAUUUAAAUAAUUUACCGCUUUCUGUUGUGCAGAUUUGAUAUGGUGUCUGUAAGGUUUUUCAGCGCUUGAUAUUGAUUCUUUUAACUUCUUGACAAUCUUAAUUUGUGCUUUAAGUGGUGGUAAGUGGGCAUAUGUCUUUAAUUUAUAGUCUACUCCCUGCACUUUUUCACCUCAUUCCAACUGAGCACUUAUUAAAGAACCUUACAAUAGAUUUAAAGAAAUGAAGGCAUAUAUGUUCCUGAUUUUUUUUUUUUUAAUUGACUCGUGUAUGUUGAAAUUAUGAAUGUGUGGCUUUCAGAUAGUUCUGUCUUUUGGCUUAUCAGAAUAUGUAUCUGAGGUUAAAUGAGAUUGUAAUCAAUUGUUACCCCAAGAAUAGGAGGUUUCCUCCAGACUGCUACUGUCUGUCAUUGAAAUGUACAUAAAUAACUAUUACAUUAGUUAUUUGGCUGGAUAAAUGUUGUACGCUGAUAUAAAGCUUUGUAUACCUGUUGAAAUGACACAUAAGGCCUUGAUAAGAUUUUCUUGAAUUUUUUGAAGCCAUAUUACAAGCAAAGAUGAGUAUGUUGGCCCUGUAUGCUGGUAAAUUUGAGUAAUAUUUCUAUUUUGUCAUGGAUUGUCAUAUCACAGUUUUGUUUUUUUUUCUUUUCACUUUGUAUGAGUGUUUGCAAUUUAAUGUGAGAAUUCAUGUGUAUAUGAAUAUCAGUUCAUUUUUCUUUCUGCAUUUGGAUGGUAAUUAAUAAUCACAGAUUACCGUAUUGUCCCGAAUAUAAGACGACCCUGAUUAUAAGACGACCCCCCUUUUUCCAGAUGUACCUGUUGGAAAAAGGCUUUUUGAAAACCAAAUCUUGUUUUUUUUUUUUUUUCUCUCUCUGUAAAACACAUUUAUUCUAAAAUUAUUUUCAUAUUGCAUAUUUUUCCAAUUCUAAUUUUUGUUUUGAAAGUAUGGUAAAUACUGGUAAAAUGUACCAACAAUGACAUUGGAAAAUUUUGAUAUACCAUUGAAAUAAUAGCCCAUCUGAAUUAUACAACAAUUAGUAGACGUGAAAUCUUAUUGUAGUCUUCAAAUCUGGGUACUGUCUUAUGUAUUAAAAUCACUUACAGAGGAAGUUUGGUCCCAUCAGGCUAACAUGACAGUCACGAUCAUGCUGCUGUAAGCUUUUCUUUUUCAUUUGUUUUCAUUCGCGAUCUUUACAACACGCAUUACAUUACAUAUUUCAUGGCACACUCGUUUUAUGCGUUUUUGGCGCCACCUAUUGUUGUGGGUGUAUUACUGACAUGUCAAAGUCUAGACCCUGAAUAUAAGACGAACGCGUUUUUCAGAUGUAUUUCCAAGGAAAAAACAUCGUCUUAUAUUCGGGUCAAUACGGUAUUUGCUUUAAAGCUUCCGAUCCUCCAUUAGGAUCUACAGAAUAAAGUCUUUGUUAAUUAUUUUCUGAAGUUAACAGGCUCUCCCUACAUUGUGUCUGAACAUUCUAGCCAAGUGACAGGUUUUUCUCCAUAUCGAAGGCUUUAUAGCAUUUUUGGGGAGGAUUGAGAAAAACAUGUCCAAGUUUGAUGUCAGUGUCAACGGGCACAAUUUUUGUUUAGAAUGUACUUUUGUAACCACAAAUGGUCUUGUAACAUGCAUAUGUUGUUGAAUCGUUACUCUCCAGUAACACUUUUUAGGGUAAGCUGGCAAUUUGAAUAAUUCGUUUCUUUAACAAUGUGCAUCACAUUCAAAUAGGGUUUGAAGACAUUAGUACUGCAUAUUUUCUGUAAAUUGUUUGGUUAAAUGGAAAUAGCCUCCGACAAGACAAAAGUGAUAAGCCAUGCUUUUUUUCUUUCAGAGUGAACCUUGAAAUGUAAAAUUGGUGGCAAACUGACACAUCAGUAGUUUAGUGUCUGUUAAGCAGGAUUAUACGACUGUGCCUAGAAGAUUAGAUCUCACAAAGGAACUUUUGUUAUAGAGUUUUUUUUUUUUUUUAAUGGUCAUUCUAAUGACAUGUUUACAUCUUCACUUCAGUUUUGUCUCUGUAUUGUCCAACAGUAUCAGCACCCUAAGUGGAACCAGUCUUGCAAGUCUGGUAAUGUUUCAUAGUGUCUCAAUAUUUUUGUGUAGAAUAAUAUUUUAAUGGCAAUAUUAGUGUGUACAGACAUCACUGCAGCACAUCGCUCUUGACCCUCAUUUCUCUGUAAAGGAUCUAUAUUAAACGGCAUGGUGAACACAGCCUUCUCACUACUUUUGACGUUUUUUCAUCCUUUGUUUCAAAUCUUGUUUCUAAUCAUUUGAAAACAAGGAAAUGUGUGGAGCAUCUCAAAAACUUUUUUUUGAAAUGGAACAUUUAGAUUUAGAUCCAUUGGUAUCGCCAGGAUGAUUAUUUAUUUUUGUAAUAAUUUCAGUCUUGAGGUUACAUUCGUAUAUAAAUUUUUAGAGACACUAACAUUUACAGGAUAAUGACAGAAAAUUCUCAAAGAUUAAACACCUAAAAACAAGUUCAAAAUCAAUAAGAAAUGAGUUGUUGCAUUACAAAUUCUGGCCCAGGAUUCCUUCUGGCAGAGUACAGCUGUCUUGGCAUAUAGAUGUUCAAUAAAAAGAUGUUCAAUAAAAAAAAAA